ACUUGUCGCGAUGGCUUCACAUGGGCGUGAGCUGGAUGCGUCCAUUGGGCCUGAGCAAGCGCCCCAUGGACGUAGUGCAGACAUUAUGGUAGAGUGGGAUCCUGUAGAGACUGAUGGAGUACCAUCAGCUCGUAAAGGCUCUGCCAUGGGUGUGUGGAACAACCAGCCGCUGCUGUUUGGAGGUGACGGUGGUCGUGGUGUCCGCUACAACGAUGUCUUCCUCAUGGACACCGAAUCCAUGCGAUGGAAGGAGGUGUGCUGCCAGCCGUCGCUGGACGGCUACUUUCCGCCACCGCUGUCGUACCAUGCGAUGGUGGUGUGGCGGCACUUUGCGGUGGUGUUUGGCGGCUACGACGACACGCACACCAACGACGUGCGGCUGCUGAAUCUGCUGACAAUGACAUGGACGCUGGCGCGUGUGCGCGGCGACGUGCCGUCGAAGCGGUACGGACACACCAUGUGCUUGUGGGGCGACCAGGCGAUUGUGAUGGGCGGGCAGACGAUGAAUGGUGGGGCCGUGGACGAUAUGUUUGUGCUCAAUCUGGAGACAAUGACUUGGCGGGAGGUGAGCGCGCGCGGCAACGGACCGCCGGCGUCGUGCUAUCACACCAUGACGGUGUGGAAGGACACGGCGUUUACCUUUGGCGGCAACGCCGAGACCGACGUGUUUCUCCUCGACCUGCCGACCAUGGUGUGGCGGCGGAUUACGCCCGAUGGCGACGGGCCGUCGAAGCGGUUCGGGCACACGGCGGCGGUGUGGCACGACCUCGCGGUCAUUGUGUGCGGGCGUCAUGGGACGAUGUGCAAUGCCGACGUGUACGUCCUCUCACUCGGGCACGACUCGAUGAUGUGGCUCCCAUUCUCGAUCGACGGCUCGUUUGUGGGCGAGCGGCACGCUCACUCGAUGGUGGUCAUCGGGGCCAAGGCGUACGUGGUGGGCGGGCAUGGCGGGACGUACUAUAACGACACACAGGUCCUCCGGCUCGACAUCAUGGCGUGGAUGGCGACGUCUUACACACCGGACCAGCGCGACGGGCAUGUCAUGUUCAUUCACAACGACGAGGCGUACCUGUGGGGCGGCGACGGCGGCGGCGGGCGGCGGUUCCAGGACCUCUCGGCGCUCAAUCCCAAGACCAACCGGUGGCGGCGGGUGACCCAGAGCGGCGACGUGCCGUCGGCGCGGUCGUACCACGCCAUCGCGCGGUGGACGCCUGAGAAGUUGCUGCUCUUUGGCGGCUUUGACCACUCGUACUGCGACGACCUCUAUGAGCUCGACCUCACCUCGCCCGAGGAGCCCGAGUGGCGGCGGCUGGAGACCGGCGGCGACCAGCCGAUGCCUCGCUACGGCCAUUCGUUUACUACGGUCGGCUCGCGGGCAUACCUGUUUGGCGGCAAGGGCCACGCCAACGUCUUCUUCGGGAAUGAGCUCGAAGUCCUCGAUCUGGACACGCUGACGUGGUCCGUUCUGGAGACGAGUGGGGAGGCACCGGCGCGGCGCUACGGCCAGUGCGCUUUUGUCUACCGCAACGUGUACUACGUUGUGGGUGGCUCUGGUGUCGAGUUUUACAACGACGUCCACGCGCUCGAUCUCGAGACGCGGACGUGGUCGCGGGUCAAGACCCACGGGCGCCAACCGUCGGUUCGGUCGUACCACUCGGUCGCGCUGUGGGGCGCCAAGGCCGUGGUCUUUGGCGGCGACCACGGCGGCGGUGAGCGGUUCAAUGACGUCCACAUCCUCGACCUUCGCUCGAUGCGCUGGCUCGAAGUGGUGACCAAGGGUCCCAUUCCGGCUGUCCGCUGCACCCACACCUUUUCCAUUGUUGGCUCGCGUGGCAUUCUGUUUGGCGGGCGCGACGCAGGCACAUACUACAACGAUGUGCGGUACCUUAACCUCGACCCGGGCGUCUCGGCCGUGGCAGACCUCUUCUGCACCAUCCGCAUUAUCAUUGACAACGGCCUCACUCAAGAGCUGGCGCGUACAACUGAGAACCACGACCUGCUCACCUUUCUGGACAUUGUCUCGCAGCUGCCGUCUGAGCUCGUCCUCCUCGUCUGCUCGUUCUCGAUCGAGUUCCCCCCGACGCGCAUGCCGUCGGACGCCAUCCUCGAUCACCACCGCGCCGCCAUCCCGUCGCCGCUGCAGAACCAUGCCGCCGGCCUCUCGUCCAUCAUUGUCUCUGUCUGCGAGUAUGUGUACGGGGAUCUCAACGACAUCUCAAAGACCUCCUUUAAGGGCUGCCUCGUCAAGGACCUCCUCGCUCGCAUCCGCACCUGCAUCAUCACCAACUUUGAUCUGCCCACCUUUAUCCUCCACAAGGAUCGUGUUCAUGUCACCAACUUUCUUAAGCGCCGCAUGGACGAGUAUGGCCAGAACUGGGACAAGCUCGGUUCGGCCAAGCUCACCAUCCCGCGCUCGUGACCCGCUGCCUACGCACUACUCGUCCGAGAACGUAAAGUCGCUGGAUCCCGA